AUGACAACAGGAUUCGCCGGAAUCGUCACAGCCGUAUCGGCUUGGUCGAUAUGGGGCAGCGACAUGUUUCCCGCAGAACCAGAUCCUAAAGGAGAACCCGAAGAAUGGACGACAGAAGAGCUGAAGAGGUGGCUUCGAGCAAGAAAUCUUAUGGCGUCAGAUAAGGCAUCCCGAGAAGUACUCAUAGAACGAGUCAAAGCGAACUUGCGGCCAACGAGGAGUUAA